AAAUGUUUCCUAUCUCAUGGAAAAGCCUCCCACCAAAAUGUACACAAGAAUUCCUAGAGAAGGCAACAGCUGUACAUUCUGCGCCAUGGAGUAAGCCUACUCUCAGUAAUAAUAAGCCUGACCUCAUGCAAAUACAAAGCCUGAAGGAAUGUUUUCAGUUGCUUACAGACAUGGCGAAGGAGCUAGAGGAAAUCAGCAAGUCAAAUAAAAGUUCACUGAAAAGUUACACGAAAGAUUCAGGUGAAGACUCUGUGCCAGUCGAUGUAGAGAGCAGUAAGAGUCUCAUUCUGUCAUGGGCCAAAAAAAUGGACAGGCUCAACAUGUCAAGAAGAAUGACAAAGGAAAUGUCCAUGAAAGCAGAGGUUACAAAAAGGAAGAAUGAAGAUCUGUGUGAUAUCUCCAAAGACAGCGAAAGGAUCAUGAAAUGGGCACAAGAGUUACAGACUGUCACAAAGGACCUGAGUUUGACAGACGAAGAUUUAAAGCAGAUUCUUACUAACCACAGCAAAAGGCAUAAAAGUCUAGAUGAAGUUCUUCCCUUCCUGGAGUUUGUGGCAUGGUCUCUUUUCUCACAUGACCCUGAGGACGAUGUUUCAGAAAUAUGGUUGCCAGCUAUGCAGAAAACAUGGAAGACAAGAAGCCAAAAGUAUAUUCCUAAUUCAGUUUGGCAGUGGAUUCAGAGUUCCUCAGUUGAUGUGCGGCUAGAUUCCAGUUCAUGCUACCCAGGCCUGCACGUGUCAGAAGACAAACUGACAGUGUGUGAACACCAUCAAGGACUGAUGUGGGACAGGCCUCAACAGUUUGACAAACUGCCAUUCAUCCUUGGGGUCAAUGAAAUCUCUACUGGAAGACACUACUGGGAGGUGAAGGUACCAGCAAAAGGAAGAUGGAGGUUAGGGGUAGCAGAUGCAUCUGCUCAAAGAAAAGGUCGCUUCCACAUCAAACCAGAAACAGGGUACUGGACUAUUUGUAACAGGCCUAAGUCUCUAAAAGCGUGCACUGAUCCCCCUACUGAGCUACCAAAAUCUGUACCACUUGAGGUGGUUGGAAUUUAUGUGGACUACAAGGAGGGACAAGUGUCCUUCUAUAAUGCUAAGAGCAAGUUUCAUAUCUAUACCUUUACACAAACCUUCACAAAAGUGCUUUUUCCUAUUUUUGCUUGCCUGGAUGACAACACUGUGCUAAAAAUCUGUACAUAAUGAAAGUUUGGAUUUAAUGAAAAGCA